AUGGAGCCUCAUUCAGUGGAAGGUCUUGAGAUGACGGAGCGGAAGCAGGAAGAGCAGCCACAAUCUGAAUCAACUGCUCUCCCUACCCAUAAUGAAACCGCCUUGAAUUUGGAUGCCGCGCAAGAAGAGAGCUCUAUGGCCAGAUUCCUGGUGGUCAUCAGUUACUUCUUCACCUUUCUCUUAUUCCCCAUCACUUUUUUGUUCUGUAUUAAGGUAAGAAUUGGGGCAAGUUUAAUAUCCGCUGUUCCAGAUCGUGAAUCAGUAUGAACGAGCUGUUAUAUUCCGUCUGGGACGCCUGAGAGAAGGUGGAGCCAAGGGUCCAGGUCUCUUUUUCAUCGUCCCAUGCAUCGAUACCUACGUCAAGGUUGAUCUGCGAGUUGUUUCCUUCUCGGUUCCUCCUCAAGAAGUAACAUUUCGCUGAUUAUUAAUCGUUUUUCCGAAGCAGCAGUACACAGAUGUUACUUUAGAUCCUCUCAAAAGACUCCGUGACUGUCAACGUGGAUGCUGUAGUCUAUUUCCGGAUUUGCAACACCAUCGCUUCCAUAGUUAAUAUCGAAAAUGCCAAAGGAUCGACAAGAUUGCUAGCCCAGACCACUCUCAGAAAUGUUUUGGGCACUAAAACCCUCGCUGAAAUGCUCAGUCAUCGUGAAGAAAUCUCGACUGAAAUGCAGCGAUCCUUGGAUGAGGCAACAGAAAACUGGGGAGUAAAGGUGGAAAGAGUGGAAGUAAAGGACAUUAGACUCCCCCAGUCCAUGCAAAGAGCUAUGGCGGCCGAAGCUGAGGCAAACAGAGAGGCCAAAGCCAAGGUGAUCGCUGCUGACGGCGAGAGAUUGGCUUCGGAGUCUUUGAGGACGGCUGCCACCGUUCUUUCCGAAACCCCUACGGCCAUUCAGUUGAGAUACCUCCAGACUUUAAACACGAUCAGGUAAUAAUCAAAACAGACUCAAAGACUGUCUACAUAUUCCUUCAUAAUGAAUUUUACUUUCAGCGCUGAACACAACUCGACGAUCAUCUUCCCCUUGCCAAUGGAACUCCUCAGUGGAUUUAUAAAUCGUCCCCAACCCCAGCCUCUGAAUCAAUCUCCCCCCACCUUUAUCCAAAAUCCACCAAAUUACGAAGCCGUGAAUGCAUAA